AUGUUAUAUUACAAGGACGAGUCUGACCUUUUGCAGCGAGCUAGGGUUGCUGCAAAGCACAACACGAACUUCUGGCACACUGAAACUGAGACUGAAGCUCUAUGGACGGAUAUUGCGGGGAACAGGUCGGGCAACAACGAUGCGUCCAGAUGGAAUAGAGGCGGUGGUAGGGUUCUUCAUCAGCUUGAAACUCGUGAGGUGUCGUGGAAACAAUCUCCCAGAGCAUUGAGCGACAGCUUCGUUGAAGAGCUGGAACACAGCUUGAACGAGAUUCGGGGCGACAGGCUCCAGAGUAUCAGACAAGCGGACCGCAAAACUUCCUGGUAUUCGAGCAAUCUACCGCAUGACAGUGAAAUGACUAGCCCAGACCAUCUGGCGUUUUUUUCCGAUCCCUUGGCCACUGAUGGCGAAUUCGAAGAGGUUGAAGACGGAGGAGAGUACGAAGAUUCCCGUCACCAGUACAUCGACCGGGACUGUACCAUGGAGGAGGUGACUCUACUUCGUGAAAUUGCUGCUCAAUGGAAAAAAGACCAGUGGAAGGCCAUCAGCACCAGAUUCAAUGGCAUGACCGGUCGUAAAAUCACCCCUGAACAGGCAAAGUCAGUUCUCGACAACCACCAAGGUUCCAACAUUCAUCGGAUGGAAAGUUCUCGCCCUGAUGGCAACCGGGAUCGGAUAAGAACCAAGGCUAGACCGGUACGCUCGGUGGAAUGGCAACUUCAAAGAUGA